ACGGCGAAGCGGGCGAUGUGGCUUCCUAUUUGCCAGCAGCCGCAGCAGCCGACUCCUCCGUCGGGGCUGAAUCGGACCGUGGCAGGCGAAGCCCCUCUCCGGGGAAUCUCCUCCCGAGGUCCCCGGUGUCCCAUCAUGUUGUUUGCCUUAUUGGAGAAUUAAAAAGACAUCUUCUGUUACUGCUAACAACUACUAAGUCUCAGGAUAUCACAACUGAAAAGAUGCUGAGGACCUAAAAUUAAAUGGGAUUAUAUUGACAUUUAAUCAAGCCACAAGAACAUUCCUUGGAGUCUCUUGGAGUCAUGGUUCUUAUAAUAUAGAGUUGAAGAAUUUUCCUUUAUUUUUUUUGCAUAUUCUGUAUCCAUCAACAAGCUUAAUUUUAUUUGGAAGAGGACAGAUUUUCCAAAGUGCCAUUAAUGAAAAGGAAAGGGCAAAUUGUCACAUUUAAUUAUUUAAACUGUGCGGUGGCAUUAGAGAUUAAUUCUGUUCCUCUUUGAUUGAGUCCAUGAACUGAAGCCAAUAGUUUAAACUGAAACGGAGAAUGUUUGGAUCCUGAUUAGAGGAUACUUCCCAACCAAAUAAGAGGGAGUGUAGGAUGGCAUCCAGGGAGAGGCUUUAUGAACUUUGGAUGCUCUACUGUAAUAAGAAAGAUCCAGACUACUUGAAGCUAUGGUUGGACAGUUUUGUUUCUAGCUAUGAGCAGUUUCUGGAUGUGGACUUCGAAAAACUGCCAACUCGGGUGGAUGACAUUCCCCCUGGAAUAUCUCUGCUUCCUGAUAACAUUCUUCAAGUUUUGAGGCUCCAGCUGCUGCACUGUGUCCAGAAAUUAUCAGAAGGGUUGGAGGAGCCACAACAAGCACUGACACUUCUCCUAGUCAAGUUUUUCAUCAUUCUUUGCCGAAAUUUAGAUAAUGUGGAAGAGAUUGGGACUUGUUCCUAUAUUAACCAUGUGAUUACAAUGACCACACUCUACAUUCAGCAGCUAAAGACUAAAACAAAAGAGAAAGAAGUGGCAGAUCAAACAUCUAUAGAAGAGUUUGUGCGACAUGCGCUGGCUUUUUGUGAAAGUCUUUAUGAUCCAUAUAGGAAUUGGAGGCAACGAAUUGCAGGGCGUAUUCUGAGCACAGUUGAAAAAAGUAGACAAAAAUACAAACCAGCUUUACUCACAGUGGAAUUUGUCCCUUUCUUUUACCAGUGUUUUCAAGAAAGUGAGCAUCUCAAAGAGAACCUCAAAUGUUGUCUGUUACAUCUCUUUGGAGCUAUUGUGGCUGGUGGGCAGAGAAAUGCUCUUCAAGCCAUCUCUCCUGCCACCAUGGAAGUCUUGAUGCGUGUCCUAGCAGAUUGUGAUAUGUGGGAUAACAGAGACCCAGAUGAAGUGAGCAGGAAGGCCGAGCUGACGUUGAAGUGCCUGACAGAAGUGGUGCACAUUCUUCUCACUAGUAGUUCGGACCAGCGGCAAGUGGAAACCAGCACCAUACUGGAGAACUAUUUCAAGCUGCUGAACUCGGAUCAUGAGGCUUUGCCGAACUCAAGAAGGUCCCGUCAGUGGGAAAGCAGAUUCAUUGCACUGCAGAUUCAAAUGCUGAAUGCAAUCACUGCUAUGUUGGACUGCGCAGAUCGGCCUGUUCUGCAAGCCAUUUUCCUUAAUAGUAACUGCUUUGAGCAUCUUAUUCGACUGCUGCAGAAUUGCAAGCUAUUUUUAAAUGCUAACAAUAAGGUGGCAGACAAGAAUGAGAAAGACCAUGCCAACAAAUUGCUGGCAGAAAUGAAUCAGGAACAGGUAUUCCAGGGGCAGUUGGACCAUUUGGCAGUAUCAGCUAUUCAGGCUCUCACAGCAGUGAUGCACAGAUCUCCAGCUGCCAAGGAAGUGUUCAAGGAACGAAUUGGUUAUGCCCAUAUAUUUGAAGUUCUAAAAUCUAUGGGUCAGCCUUCACAAGAACUACUUGAAGAACUUCUGAAUAUGGCGGUUGAAGGUGACCAUGCAUCAGUUGGGAUGUUGGGCAUAAACAAUGUUCAGCCUUUGUUGCUGCUGAUUCAAUGGCUUCCAGAACUGGAGUCGCAUGAUCUCCAAAUCUUCAUUUCAAAUUUGCUGAAGCGGAUUUGCUGCAUUAACAGGCAGAGUCGUGCAAUUUGCGUCAACACAAACAUGGUCAUCCGUAUCAUUGAAACACUCAACAAGCACCCUCAACUUCAUGGAGCUUGUGCUGAGAACCUGAUUGCCCUCUUGGGUUCUUUGGGGAGCCUGUCAAUGAGCUCUGAAGAACUGCAUCAGCUGAUUCAGAUGCUAAGGACUAAAGACUCAAAGCUGGCUCAUCCUUAUGUUGUUCCUGUGAUGCGUGCAAUUCUUACAAUGGCUCGAAAGCAAAGCUUGGACAACGCCUUGCAGUAUUUUGACUUGUCCCAUAGCAUGGCAGGCAUAGCAGUGCCGGCUAUUCACAAGUGGCCGGGUUCUGCAUUUGCUUUCAAUGCAUGGCUUUGCCUGGAUCAACAUCAAAUGAUUCCAGAUGCUAACGGCAAGGGCGGCAAGAGGAAGCAACUUUACAGCUUUUUUACAACUAGUGGGAUGGGAUUUGAAGCAUUCAUUACAUGUUCUGGAAUGCUAGUAGUUGCCGUAUGUACAAAGAAGGAGUAUGCUACCGUGAUGCUAUCAGACCAUUGCUUCUAUGAUUCUCUUUGGCACAAUAUAUGCAUUGUUCACAUGCCUGGGAAAAGGCCCUUUGGUCAAAGCCUUGUCUAUAUUUAUGUAAAUGGACAACAGAAAGUCUCAGCACCACUUAGAUUUCCUGCCCUGAAUGAACCGUUUACUUCUUGCUGCAUUGGUUCAGCUGGUCAGAGAACAACUCUUCCUCCACCAUCGCAAAUCCCGGACCCACCUUUUUCAUCCCCAAUUAUACCCCCUCGGACCUCAUUUGGGGGGAUCCUUGGACCAGGCAGCUGGGGUGGCCUGCUGGGAAAACCAGAACUUAUCACCAAGCUGAUCUCCGCAGGAACUCAAGAUAGUGAGUGGGGCUGCCCCACUUCUCUGGAAGGCCAGCUUGGCUCUGUUAUUAUAUUCCAUGAAGCCUUACAGCUAUCUCACAUCAAAGCCUUAUAUUUGACAGGUCCAAAUUGUUUAACACCUUGGAAGACCCAAGAAUCUGAACUGGCAGAUUUGCCCAGCAAAAUACUUCUUCACUAUACUCCUAAGGCCUGCAGAAGCCCUAUUUGUCUUGACCUUUCUGCAAAUCUUUUACAUGGGAGGUUAACAGGGAACAAAAUAGUGAACUGGGACAUCAAGGAUAUGAUCAACUGCAUAGGCGGAUUAAAUGUUCUGUUCCCAUUGUUGGAGCAGAUCAGUUACCUUGAUGAGCAGUUGCCUGAGAGGCCAGAGGUAGAAGCUCUGCCCCAUGAAUUGUUGACACCUGUUGAAGGAGAUUGGGUUGUAUUAACCUCCACCAAAGCUUCAGAGGCUCGUUUGGAGAAGAACAUCAUUGCAACCUUCAUCUUGAUGCUAAAGCAUUUUGUUCAAAGGCAUCCAAUCAACCAAGAUAAUCUUAUUCACACUCAUGGGAUUGCAACAUUAGGAGUCCUUUUGCAAAAGGUGCCCAGCAGAUUCAUGGAUGUGAAUGUACUAAUGGCAGUCCAGUUAUUAAUAGAACAAGUCUCUGUGGCAAAAAAUGUCCAGCUUUUGCAGCAAAUGCAUCAGCACCUACUUUUUGACUUCAGCAUAUGGAACCAUGGGGACUUCCCGUUCCGAAUUGGCCAUAUCCAAUACCUUUCCACAAUUAUCAAAGAUAGCAGAAGGCUCUUCCGGAAAAAAUAUGGCGUGCAGUUUUUGUUGGAUACUCUGAGAAUUUAUUAUGGAAACCACUCCAGGGACAGUGACUUGCUUCCAGAUGAUCUUAGGACAAUCAGGACAUCUCUGUAUGGUUUAAUCAAAUACUUCUUGACCAAAGGUGGGACACAUGUGGAAGUCCAAAGCAUCAUGGGAUACAUAGCAGUCACUGGUGAUGAGGAGCAGCUCUGUGGGAUUCUAGAAAUGCUCUUCAGCCUGCUUAACACCUGCCCAACCCGAGACCAGCUUUUCUUAUUGCUUUUUGAGCCAGGAAAUGCAGACAUCCUUUAUGCUCUUCUACUGAAUCAGAAAUAUUCUGAUAGACUACGAGAACUUGUGUUCAAGAUUGCAGAGCAAAUGCUGAAAUGCACUAAAGUUUAUGAACGGAGCAAGCAACGUAUGAAGCUCAGAGAAGUUGGCUAUUCUGGACUGGGUCUGCUCCUGAAUGAAUCUCCACUUAGCACUUCUCUUAUGAAGAACCUUUUCAACCAAAUUCUGCAUGCUGAUCCAUUUGUGAAUUGCAAGGACUUUUUAGCUGUGGUGCACUUGGCUCACCGAGCAGAUCUCAACGUAAGAGUGGCUGCCUGUCGAAAGCUUUUGCAAAUCCUACAUUCCCAACAAGAUUCAGCACAACAGAUUUCUCAGCAACUUGGGUGGCAGGAGACACUGACUCAACUGUUCCUGAAAGAGCACGCUGAUGUCAGGAGUGGCGUGAGGGACACCAAAAGCGACUCUACUAAAGGAGAUGACAAGCGUGUUUCUGCCAAAGACCAUCAGCAGUGUCGUACUUCCAAGGCCGAUGGGGAAGAUGGUGCCAGUUUUGCGUCUGUCAAUGGUUCUUGUGAUCAAUGGAGUUUAGAAGAUGGCAAAUCUGUGACAGUGAUGGAAGAUACAUCCGUGGAGGAGAUGUCUUUUAGGCCUGAGGACCAGGAGGACUUGUGGCAGAAGAAUCCACAUUUAAGCUUAGACCUCUCAAGUGUUGACUCUUAUGAACUGGGUGACAGUGGGAGCCAGAUGGCUGAUAGUCUGCCCAGCACCCCUUCUCCCAUUGAGAAUACAAAGACAUUUUCUGGACAGCUUGACAAGGAACCAAAUGCUGCAGAGGACCUGGUAUUCGCUGCUGAUCUUUCCUUAUUUGAAAUUCAUGAGGCAUGCGAAGAAGAUCUCCUCCAGCUUCUGACAGAUAUUUUGCUCUGUGUGAUGUGGAAAGGCAUCGAGAGAUCAGAUGAUGCAGCUUGGAUUGAGAAGGGUCAGGUUUUUUCUGCGCUUACAAAAUUGGCCAUCUCUAAUGAAUUACUACGACCAUCAGAUGAGAUCAAACUCAAUUUGCUAGAGAAGAUGCUGGAGUGGGCAGUCACUGACACAAGAGAAGCCAAAUCCCUCCCAGUGCAUGCUGAAAAUGCUUUCCGACUCUUGUUCAUUGUUCAGGAUUUCCUGCAAGCAGAAGGUCUUGUGAAUUCAAGACUCUGGACAGAAAAGCUUUUGGAAGAACUGGUGACGCUCAUGGAUACUUUGUCUAUCUGGUACUCUUCUGGCCCAGAAAACAUGAAGCUCUAUCAAGUACAGAUCCAGCUGCUUCUUGGAUUCAUUGGACAAGAUAAUUUACAGGUUUGUGCAAUGGCUGCAGCCAAGCUCAACACCCUCCUUCAGACCAAAGUACUUGACAACCAAGCGGAAUCCUGUUACCUGCUGGGAAAACUGGAAGGCAUCCUGAGCAGAUCAAUCCAAGAAAAGACUGAAACUUACUCCUUCUUGAUCCCUCUAGUUCGAACUCUUAUUUCCAAAAUAUAUGACCUUCUGUUCAUGAACUUGCACUUGCCUUGCUUGCCUUCUACUAAUGGAAGCCCUUCCUUUUUUGAGGACUUCCAGGACUAUUGUAGAACUGAUGAAUGGAAAGCUUACAUCGCUAAAUAUAUUAUCCCUAAUAUGAAGCAGUACGAGCUCAGCAUUUUCAGUGAUGGCCAUGAACAUAUGGCACUAUAUUGGAAGGAUUGCUUUGAGGCACUAAUGGUCAACAUCCAUAAACGGGAACGAGAGAGAGGAGAAAGCAAGCUCAAAUUUCAGGAAUUUUUUGUAGAGCCAUUUAACCGGAGGGCACGGCAGGAGAACAUGCGUUACAAUGGAAUGCUAAAACAGUUAAAUAAUCAGCACACAACAACUCUGAGACAGUGGAGAGCUGCCAAACUUUACCUUACCUGUGAACAAGGCCCCUGGGCUGAACGGAAGCCGAAUCUCACUCACUGGAAACUUUCAAAUGUGGAAAAUUAUUCACGAAUGAGGCUAAAAUUAAUGCAAAAUUACAAUUUCAACUCUCACCAGGAUGCCAGUGCCCUGAGGGAUAAUCUAGGAGUAUUACAGAUGCCACCAUCAAGGGAAGCUUUGCUUCUGGAGGCAGUGAAGCAAGUAAAAGUCAGUGAUAUGGAAGAUGAUAUACUUGAACUGCCAGAUGAAGAUCCAACAUCCAGUACAAAUAUGGAUGAAAAGGAAGAGCAGGGUCAAAAAGAAAAACUUGUGCUCUCAGAAGACUGUGAACUUAUUACAAUAAUGAAUAUAAUAUCUGGCAGGCUGGAGGUCACUACACAACACAUUUACUUCUAUGAUGGCAGCAUUGAAAAAGAAGAAGGUAUAGGUUUUGAUUUUAAAUGGCCUCUUUCUCAAAUUCGAGAGAUUCAUUUACGCCGUUAUAAUCUGAGGAGGUCGGCUUUGGAGAUCUUCUUUAUUGACCAGACUAAUUAUUUCCUUAACUUUAAAAAGGAGACAAGAAACAGAGUAUAUAGUCGAAUUCUGUCUCUGUGUUCUCAAAAUAUUAGUGGAACCAGAUCUCCCCAAGAAUUAUUCAAAACUUCUGGAUUGACUCAGAAAUGGGUGAACAGGGAAAUAUCCAAUUUUGAUUACCUCAUUCAGUUAAAUACUGUGGCAGGACGAACCUACAAUGAUCUUGCACAAUAUCCUGUUUUUCCAUGGAUUCUGCAGGAUUAUACUUCAGAAGAAUUGGAUUUGAAUAAUCCUGCAGUGUUUCGGGAUUUGUCUAAACCUAUUGGUGUAGCGAAUGAAAAGAAUGUGAGAGCUGUAAAGGAAAGAUAUGAUAACUUUGAAGACCCCCUUGGAAUUAUUGACAAGUUUCACUAUGGGACUCACUACUCCAAUGCAGCUGGGGUCAUGCAUUACCUUAUUCGGGUUGAACCUUUUACCACUUUGCAUAUCCAGCUUCAGAGUGGGAGAUUUGACUGCGCGGAUCGACAGUUCCAUUCCAUUCAUGCUACUUGGCAAGCUCUCAUGGAGAAUCCAAAUGAUGUGAAUGAGCUAAUCCCAGAAUUUUUCUACUUGCCAGAGUUCUUAGAGAAUCAAAAUCAUUUCAAUUUUGGUCAGCUCCAGAUUUCAAAAGAAGAGGUAAAUGAUGUUGUCCUACCAAAAUGGGCACAUUCUCCAGAAGACUUCAUUUUCAAACAUAGGAAAGCAUUGGAAUCAGAAUAUGUCUCCGCUCAUCUCCAUGAAUGGAUAGAUCUGAUUUUUGGCUAUAAACAAAGGGGUCCAGCUGCAGUGGAAGCUCUGAAUGUUUUCUACUACUGUACCUAUGAAGGAGCUGUAGACCUGGAUGCCUUAACUGAUGAGAAAGAAAGAAAAGCCUUAGAAGGGAUGAUUAACAACUUCGGACAAACACCUUGCCAAUUAUUGAAGGAGCCCCAUCCAGCAAGAUUAUCUGUGGAGGAAGUGCUGCAGAAGCAGACCAAAAAUGAAAAUUCCACCCUCAAUCUGUUCCAGCAUCUCCCUGAACUAAAAUCCUUCUUCAUUGAGGGAAUCAGCGAUGGAAUCCCCAUUGUUAAGGCCAUUGUUCCCAGGAACCAAUAUCGAUCUUUCAUGUCACAGGGAAGUCCAGAACUUUUGGUAACAGUAAACCUCAACUUUAUUAUUGGGACCCAUGGAUGGCUACCUUAUGACCGAAAUAUUUCCAAUUAUUUCACUUUCCUUAAGGAUCAAACAGUGACAAAUCCCAAAACACAACGAAACAUCAGUGGUCCUUUUGCACCAGGAUUGGAAAUUACUUCAAAGUUGUUUGUGAUGUCCCAUGAUGCAAAGUUGCUUUUCAGUGGAGGGCAUUGGGACAAUAGCAUUCGUGUGACAUCUCUCACCAAGGGAAAAGUGAUGGCACAGCAUAUUCGGCACAUGGACAUUGUGACAUGCUUAGCCAUGGAUUUCUGUGGGAUCCAUUUAAUUUCGGGCUCAAGGGACACCACCUGUAUGGUGUGGCAAAUAGUUCAGCAGGGAGGAGUGCCAAUAGGACUGGCUCCUAAACCUUUGCAGAUUCUCUAUGGACAUACCAAUGAAGUGUCUUCAGUUGGCAUUAGUACAGAACUGGACAUGGCAGUGUCAGGUGCCAGGGAUGGAACUGUGAUUGUCCACACAAUUCAGAAGGGGCAACAUAUGAGGACUCUGAGGCCGCCUUGUGAGAGUUCUCUCCCGAUCACUGUUCCUAAUCUGGCUGUUUCUUGGGAAGGACGCUUAGUCGUUCAUACCAGCAUAGAAGGAAAGACAACUCUCAAGGAUAAGAAUGCAUUGCAUCUCUACUCUGUGAAUGGGAAGUAUUUGGGCUCUGAGAGCUUGAAGGAAGAAGUGUCGGAUCUUUGUGUGACUGGAGAGUAUAUUGUAAUAGGGAGUCUACAGGGAUUUCUCUCCAUAAGAGAUCUCUACAGCCUGAGCCUUAGCUCCUCCCCUUUAGCCAUGCGGCUGCCAAUUCACUGUGUCUCUGUUACCAAAGAGUUCAGCCACAUUCUGGUGGGCCUCGAUGAUGGCAAGUUGAUUAUCAUUGGCGUUGGAAAGCCAGCAGAGAUGCGUGCUGGCCAACUCUCCCGAAAAUUGUGGGGUUCAAGCAAACGGAUCAGUCAGAUUUCAUCUGGAGAAACUGAAUAUAAUACUCAAGAUUCCAUGUGAUAUCUGCUCCUAUCAUCUCUUGGGAUUCAUACAUUUUUGUUUAAUCUUCCAAUCAUACCUCUCAAUUUUCUCAGUUACGUUGCAACUACAGCACAAUUUCCACAGGCACAUAUGCAUAUUAGUAUACAACAUCUAUUGUUUUUUUGUGCUAAGUAGAAGCAAUAAGAUAAUUCAGUCCUUUUUAAACACAUUGCAAGAUUAGAUAGAUAGAUAGAUAGAUAGAUAGAUAGAUAGAUAGAUAGAUAGAUAGAUAGAUAGUAAGUAUGGAUGUAUAUGUGUGUGUGUUUUAAAGUGAAUGUUGAAAAUUUAACUGACAUAUAAGAAAGCCAACAAACUGGGGUAAAUUUAAUGACUAUCAGCAAUGUAAAGUAUUUUGACAGUCACUAAAUUUGCCUGUAAUUACUGACAGUUGGACAUAAAUGUCAAAAUCAGUAAUUUGUGGCUAUCCAUUAUAACACUAUUCUGUACCCCCCUUUACAUAACCUGCUGCUGUUUUGGCAUAAUAGAACUCACAGCUUGUGUUCAAAGUGGCCUUGGCCACUGGAGAGGUAGUUGCUGUCAUGCCAAAAAAGAAUUAGAGAUCUAGUUUUUAAAUCCUCCUUGACAAAAGGAGUCUUCUGAAUCUUGGUUAAUGUGUCUCUAAAUUAUUUAACUAUAUAAAUCAACAAAACAAUUAUUUAAAAAAAUUCCAAUGCCUUUUUAGUUCUUGGAAACUGAAUGAGAAAUUUAUUUAAACUCACCUAUUUAAGGGGGGAAAUGGAUGACUAUCAGCGCAAGUUGCUCUACUCAGAAGUCAGCUUUCUGAAAUCUUUUGAACAGGUUGAGGUGCAAGUUGAAUGGUUAAUAUAUGAACAUAAAUGACAAAAAAAUAGAGGACCAAUGCAUGAGUUCUUAAUUUUGUGGGAUUCAGCACAGAAAUUUCAUCCUUCAGGGUAUCUGAUUCAGCAUCAUUAAAUGGUAACUGGAACCAUUUUUUGCUGCUAAAUAUUAAAUUUGAGCAUUAAAACAUUAAAUGUAUUCCAUGCACAAAAGCAUUGGGAUAGUCCUAUUUACAUUUACGUGCAAUAGCGGGGAGAGGGAGAUGCCAUAAAUAGGGCUAGAUAGUUCUUUCGGUCAGAAGAUGGUAGCUUAGCAGUUUUGCUUGGUUCUUUAAGAGCCAAUGUAUAUGCACAUGAUUGAAUCUCAUCUCACACAUCUGAAAAAGCUACCGGUACUAUGUUGUUAAUGGCAGUCAUUUUUGUAAUGGGAAGAAAUCUUCAUCUGCAGAGUUAUGGUAUAAUAACAUUUCUUAACUAAGAAUUAUUUCAAUGCUGGGAAAUGUAAAUGAGAGAGACUACAAAUAUAAUAUAUACCUUCUCUAUAUUUCUCCAGGUUUUAUUUUGCACAGUGUGAAUUAUAACCCUAACUGAGGGUUUAUUUUUUAAACAAAUUGGACGUUAAAUAUAGGCAAUUAUGUAAUGGGAAAAUGAUGCAAUUUUAGCCUUGGUUGCAAAGUCUUUGAGUGAGAAUGUUCUGAUUCCCCAAGCAAAGAACAUCUUUUUGUUAUAAUAACUUUUUAUGAUUUUGUAUUCACUGUUGUAAGAAAAAUUGCAGGCUUAUUAAGAGCAGAGUACAUGAAUAUUUCAGUGUGCCAUAUACACCUUAUGGAGGUGGAUUUAUAACUUUCUCCUGGUUCCUUUGAGGCUCAAAAGUUGAAGAACUACAAGAGAAACACAAGAAAAUAUGAAGUUAAUCUUUAAUUUCGGGUUGAAAUUUUGCAGACUUUUAUCACUGAUACAAAAUUCAUUCAUUUUUAUUAUUAUUACUUCAAAGACUAUUGUCUUUUAUUCUGUUUAGAUACAUAUGUGUUUAAAUAUCCUUCUGUAGUCUAAGCUUCAAUCUUUUCCUUGGAUGACUAAAUGAAGUUAAUGGGACUAAUAUUUAAGGAGACAUAUGUAGAAUGUUCUGGGAAAAUGUUAUAUUUUAUUAAUCUCGAGUGUAAAAUAAUUGUGGGCAAAAAAGCACAGAUUUGGGGUUAAUCUUAAAAGUUAAGCAGAGUCUGGACAUAGAUGGAAGAGUUUGUGGGAAUUCCAGAGUUGUGAAGUAGAUAAGGAAGUUGAAAGCACAGCCCAGAAGAAGGGAACUGCAAGCUAUUUCUGUAUUGUUGCGAAGAAAGUGAUAUGGAUGUAUCUAUGAAGUCACCAGGAGCUCUACUGAAAGAUGACCUGACUUUUUCGACAAUCUUACAGAUUGGAUAGAAGAGUUUAAGGAAAGGUUACACAAGACUGAACUUCAAAAUAUGUUAAAAGAUGUAUGUGAAAGUUGGAAUAGAAAACAGUAGCAUUACCAAAGAUAAUCACAAAGUGUUUGAUGUUUUUGACGUGAAGUUGGGUUAUGAGAAUUUAAAAACUGAAGGAUUGUUAAUCAAUGUUGCAAACUAAACCAUUUCUGUAAAAGCAUGUAGAUGCUAUACUUAAAUAUGGGACUGCAUGUAAAGAAUAUUCUAGGGCAUUAUAUUAAUGGUUUUCCAAUUGUAUAUUUGAUAUGUAUAUAUUUUGAAAUGUGUUUAAAAUUUCAGAGAGAUUUCAAGUGAGCCAAUUCAAAGAUCUCCAUUCCAGGAAAAUAAUGGAUAUUUUCUAUCCAUCAAAAAGCCUCUUGCUAGAAAUUUCUCAGCUAUUUACCAGAGCCUAGAGAACAUUUUAAUUUCUUGGAGAUAAUUUAUAAUUUUAAAAAAUGAAAUGUUAGGGUGUAUCCAAAAAGAAUAGGGUAACGACAUUUUAAAAAUGUUUUUUUUAUUGAAAUCAGGUAUCAGAAACCAUCCAAAUGUUCUUUCUAUAUGCGCUAUGAUUAUUUAUUUAUUUAAGAUGUGCAAAAGGUUGACUUGAAAGAGUUCUGGGCUCUUUCCUAUGUAAGGCUAAGAGUAGCUUUGACCAUUAGUUUAAUAAUUUUAAUUCCUGUUUUAAUAACUAUAUUUUAUGUAUUUAUUCAUGUACUUCUUUUAGGAUGUGGAAAGUGGCUCAAAAUGGAUUUUGAUUUAUCUGUUGUAACAAAAAUAUAUGAGAUGAAAUAUCAGAUGUUAUUCCCUCAAAUAACAUUUUGCAAAAAGCAAAUAUUAAUUUCCAUUAUUUUUAGUGGUCAUUCUCCACAUUUGCUUUUUGUAAAAUGUUGUUUGAAGGAAUCAAUGCUAAAAAUAGAAUCAAUGGAGUACUAAAGCACUAUAAUACAAAUUCACAUUUUGCCUCCAAAGAUACUGCAGAAUUGAUGAUGUUCCAUAGCAUAUGAGUGAGGGCCCCAGAAUCAAUCAAUCAAUCUCUCAUCUCUGUUAUCUUGGCCCAAAUAUUCUGUUGGGAGCAGGUGUCUGCAACACUCUGUCUAGCUGUCUCCCUACUUCCAAGAAGAUAUGCCUAGGACCAGAGCGUGGUGGGAAUGGUUGAUUUGUGGACUUAAAUCUGAAAAUUAUACAUUUGCUUUCUAUGGUAUUCUUCUGAUUGGUGUUCCCACUGGUGCCUUUGAAUUGGGUUUGAUACCUUGUGACUGUAUGAACGGAUGCUUGCUACCUUGGCUGUCUUUAGAAAAAAGACCCUUAGUAUAUCAAUUCUGAACACUUUUAAUGUUUUCUUACCCGUGUCAUACAUUUGAAUAUCAGAAAAGUGCAGGAACACUAUAAGGUGAAAAGAUGGCAUGGAAAAUCCACAUUAAGAAUGUAAAGUUGUGCUUUGUUUAAAAUUUUGCACAAAGGUCUGCUUUUCAGAAAGUGAAAUUGUCAUGCUUGAUAUUGCUUUCUCUGUGUUACUCAGAGAACAAAUAGUGUUUUAUCUUCUUUGAAUGGGCUUUUGCAAAAAGAAAAAAGAAAAAUUGUUCAGCAUCUUUACUCAGUCAUUUAAGAGCUGUAUUUCUAAAGGCUACACUGAGGGCAUUAGGCUCAGCCUAACAGAAUUAUGAUAUAUCUCACUGAAAUCAAGCAGACUUGGAUAGUGGCCAGAAUAGAUGAUGGAGUGGUCUGAAAAGAAAAUUGGUUGGUUAUUUGGUAGUUUUCUGAAAUCCAGAUUAUAAACAAGCAUCAAGAAAGAGACUGAUUGACAGUGCCUAUUGCACAAAGCAUCAAGUUAAUAUUUCUCAGCAUUUAAAUCAGGCUUUUUUAAAAACAACAACCAUCCAGUCUCAAUAUUUGCACAGUUUUUCCAGGACUGUGCUUAUGUUCAGAUCAGUCAGAUAAGGAUAGCACCUCUCAGUGCUCCAUGUUAUUCCAGUGGCAGUCUUUCUGCUUAGCUAUCUAUGCACAUCCAUGAUAUUCAUGAUAUUUGUACUAUUUACAUGCCAGUGAAAUUCACCAUCACAGAUUGCUAACCCUAACUUAAAACAGAAUGAACCACUUUAGGAAAAUGUCUGCGGUUUUCAGUGUUGUGCUGUCAUGAAUUGUAGAGAAACAGCUUCCAUUGUCAAAAAUGCAUACAUUAGUAGGCAUGAAGUUUUGCCUGAUUUGAUGCUACAAGAGAGAGAGUAAGUGUCACAAAGGCCGGAGUUUUAGACUCUCCUCCAUUAAUUAAGAACUGGCUUUGGAAAUUGUGCUGGCACCAAACAAAUUUUCUUUUACUAAAUUCAGCAUUACACCUAAUCUGUGCCUCUGCAUUUGCUUAAAACAUCACACUUAAAAGUAAAAAGAGCACGAAGCCUUCUGUACAUAAGGGCAAAUGAUAAUCUAAUGCUGAUUAUUCUAAUAGUGCAAUCUUGACUUAAAAUGCCAAAAAUGCCUUCAAAUUUUAGAUGGAAGUGUUUUGAUAUAAUUAAAUUUCAACUAGCCAUCAUGGAAUGUUAAAACCUUUUGUGCAAUAUCUUUUCUUUAUUUCUGGUGCUUCUAAGGUUAAAUAAUAUUCUAUUUGUAUUAAUGUUCCAAUGAUAACGUUUAAUAAUUUUAAGCUUGUAUGUAUGUAUGUAUAUUAGCUAACAGUGAACUGUUUCUGUACAGCAUGGUGAGAAAUGUUUUAAAAAUUGCACUUUGUAGGAUUUACAGAUUUGUAAUUUAAACCUUUUUAAAAUGCUUGCAUACUUUGUACAUAAAAUGAUUGUCAAAUUAGCUUUGUAUAUAACAAGGUUUGAAGCCAAUUAAAUUUAAAAAAUGGACU